AAUGAACUCAUUUUAGAAAGCAAUUAAAUGCGUUGAACCACAGAAUUUAGUGGAAAUUGGAAAAGCAAUAUUUGUUAAGCAGGUGAACAAAUUGGGUGAAACAAGGAAAUGUAUAAGAAAUCAAUAAGAAACGGAAAAAAUAAAAUAAAACAAAAUAAAACUCAACAAAAAGUUGAAAAUGAAUAGUAGAAAAAGAUGUAAAAGCAAUGCAUUGAACAAAUGUGCAAGCUUUCUAACGCCGCAGUCGGCUUCGCAGUCUCCGUGGGCAGCGCAGUCGGCGGCCGUGCCAACAAGAACAAUUGCGAAGCAUCGCGAAGCGGCGAGAGAGGAGUGCAGAGCGGGAGAGCAGCGAGAGCAGAGAGCGAGCAGAGAGCGGGCGAGAGCAGCGGCAUUUCGAGUGCAGACGGCGGUGGUGUCGGUGUCGUUUUGGUUUUGUCGGCUAAACACAAUUUAAGUUCACUCGGUUAGCAGACAUUACACAUACACACACAUAUGUCUGUAUGCAAGAAACCAGAAAAAAGGGAAAAAUACAACGUUCGUUGAGUCGCGUUCUGUUUUUUUUUUUGUGCGUGGCUUGUGCUCGUGUGUGUGUGCUUCGGUUUUGCCAAUUUUAGCCAACUUUAGCUCUCAGUGUCGAACUUAAACUUAAAGAGCGAGCAACGUGACGUGUCGCUAAAAAAAAUUCGCGCACACAACUUCCUACUUCAUCAAAAAAAAAACCAAUGAAAUAAACAAAAAGAAACGUCUAAAAAAAGCGAGACUUGUUUUUUUUUUUAUUGUGCAUCUGUGUGUUUGUGAUUGUAACAAAGAGUAUCAAGGAAAGAGAGAAGAAGCAAAAAACAAAGAGAGAGAGAGCAAGAGCAGCUGAUUUUAGCCGGCAAGUGUCAGCUGUUUCGUGACAGAACGAGAUAGCGCUAGAUUUUUGGACAGGGCGAACAUGUUAUGUCUUGCACGCCUUCUCCUCCUUGUGCUGCAUUCGCUUUAGCAAUGCAACAACAACAGCAGCAGCAACAACUUAAAAUACAAGAAAUACAACAGCAAAGACAACAUUUGCAAAUUCAACAAAUACAACAGCAAAGGGGAAAGAAGGAGGAACUAAGGCAAAUCCAAGAAAUACCGCAAUUAAUACCACAUCAAAUACAGAAAAUACCGCAACUACAACAAAUUCAAAUACAUAAAAUACCGCAUCUAACAAUUCAAACACAGAAAAUACCACAAUCACAGCAUAAUGGUAGUAAUGUAAAACAAAAAGCUUAUCAAAUUCCGGAAGUACACAAGUUACAAAUAAUACCAGAAAAUCGGGCACAUGAAACACAAACGAUACCGCAACAACAUAGGCCUAUAUUUGAUUCUCAUCAAAUUAAUGAAUUACCGCACACACAAACUAUUCAAAUAACUUUGCAAAGUCGGCAAAAUAUACCAGAAUUACAACAGAUAAAACAGUUACAGUUUCAACAAAUACAACGAUUACCGAUUGUACCAGAAAUACAGCAAUUUCAGACAGCGCAGCAAAAUCAAACGAUUCAAAUAGGUGCCACAAGAAUAACAUAUAACAGCAAUAGUAACAGCAACAACAGUAGCAGCAAUAGCAACAACAACUACUGUAACAUUAACAACAACAAUAACAAUAGCAGCAACAGUAACAGCGGCAACAACAUAAUGUUAGCCUCCGCCAGCGCCUCUGCCGCCGCAAGAAAACGCAGCCGCAGCGCGAGUAAUGGCAGCAAAAGCAACAACAAAACGGCCAGUGGCCGCAAAUUAACAAAAAGCAUGUCCGCCGGCGCUCAGUUGCAGAUGGCCCCGCAAACCACUUCGGCCCUAAGUCACCACCAUCCCAAUCAGCAGCAGCAGUUGCAACCGCCGCAGCAGCAGCAGCCGCAGCAGCCCCCGCCCCCGCAACAGCAGCAGCAGCAGCAGCAUUUUGCCAACCAUCACAGCAACCAACAACAGUCGCAACAGCAGCAGCAGCAGCAGCAGCAGGAGCAACAGAAUCCGCAGCAGGCGCCACAGCAGCAGCAGCAGCAGCAGAUACUUCCGCAACAGCAUCUGCAGCACCUGCACAAGCAUCCGCAUCAGCUGCAACAGCAACUGCAUCAGCAGCAGCAGCUCCACCAGCAGCAGCACUUCCACCAGCAGCAGCAACAGUCGCUGCAGGGGCUGCAUCAGGGUAGCAGCAAUCCGGACUCUAAUAUGAGCACUGGCUCCUCGCACAGCGAGAAGGAUGUCAAUGAUAUGCUGAGUGGCGGUGUAGCAACGCCCGGCGGAGCAGCUGCAGCAGCAGCAGCAGCCGCCGCAGCAGCAGCCAUCCAACAGCAACAGCAACAGCAGCAGCAACAGCAACAUCCCGCCUUUCCGCCCGCCCUGGGAAUGCAACAGCCUCCGCCGCCGCCGCCACAGCACUCCAAUAACGGAGGUGAGAUGGCCUAUUUGACGGCCGCAACGACCACGACGACAUCGGUGGUGCCGGCGGCGGUGGGGGCCAAACCCCGAACGCCAGCGGAGCGGAAACGGAAGCGGAAAAUGCCGCACACCAGUGCGGACGAGGCGGGGAGUGGCGGUGGUUCCGGCGGAGCAGGAGCCACAGUGGUGAACAACAGCAGCCUGAAGGGCAAAUCCCUGGCCUUUCGUGAUAUGCCCAAGGUGAACAUGAGCCUGAAUAUGGGCGAUCGCCUGGGUGGCUCGGCGGGCAGUGGCGGCGGAGCCGGUGGCGCCGGCAGUGGAGGAUCCGGAGCCGGUUCCGGUUCCGGCAGUGGCGGCGGCAAGAGCGCCCGCCUCAUGCUCCCCGUCAGCGACAACAAGAAGAUCAACGACUACUUCAAUAAGCAGCAAACGGGCGUGGGCGUUGGCGUCGGCGUCCCAGGCGGUGCGGGCGGAAACACUGCCGGACUCCGAGGAUCGCAUACGGGAGGCGGCAGCAAGUCACCCUCAUCCGCCCAGCAACAGCAGCAGCAGCAGCAACAGACGGCGCAGCAGACGAGCGGUGUUGUUGCGACGGGCGGCAAUGCAGGAGGAGUUGCCGCUGGCAAUCAGGUGCAAGUGCAGACGAGCAGCGCCUACGCCUUGUAUCCACCAGCUAGUCCCCAAACGCAGACGCCGCAGCAACAGCAGCAGCCACCGGGAGCCGCCGACUUUCACUAUGUCAACUCCAGCAAGGCGCAACAGCAGCAGCAGCAGCAGCGCCAGCAGCAGCAACAGACUUCCAAUCAAAUGGUUCCUCCACACGUGGUCGUCGGCCUGGGUGGUCAUCCACUCAGUCUAGCCUCCAUCCAGCAGCAGCAGCAGCAACAGACGCCCCUCUCCCAGCAGCAACAGCAGCAGCAGCAGCAACAACAGCAGCAACAGCAGCAGCAGCAGCAGCAGCAGCAGCAACUGGGACCACCGACCACAUCGACGGCAUCCGUUGUGCCCGCGCAUCCGCAUCAGCUCGGCUCCCUGGGAGUGGUGGGCAUGGUCGGUGUGGGCGUAGGCGUGAGUGUGAAUGUGGGCGUGGGGCCACCACUGCCACCGCCACCGCCAAUGGCCAUGCCAACGGCGAUCAUACAAUCAUACAGCAAGGCCACGCAGACGGAGGUGUCGCUGCACGAGCUGCAGGAGCGCGAGGCGGAACACGAGUCGGGCAAGGUGAAGCUGGACGAGAUGACGCGCCUGUCGGACGAGCAAAAGUGCCAGAUUGUCGGCAACCAGAAGACGAUCGACCAGCACAAGUCGCACAUUGCCAAGUGCAUCGAUGUGGUCAAGAAGCUGCUCAAGGAGAAGAGCAGCAUUGAGAAGAAGGAGGCGCGACAGAAGUGCAUGCAGAAUCGCCUCAGACUCGGCCAGUUUGUCACCCAGCGCGUGGGCGCCACAUUCCAGGAGAACUGGACGGACGGUUAUGCGUUCCAGGAGCUAAGUCGGCGGCAGGAGGAAAUCACUGCCGAGCGCGAGGAGAUCGACCGGCAGAAGAAGCAGCUGAUGAAGAAGCGUCCGGCGGAGUCCGGACGCAAGCGCAACAACAACAGCAACCAGAACAACCAGCAGCAGCAGCAGCAACAGCAGCACCAGCAGCAGCAGCAGCAGCAGAAUUCCAACUCGAACGAUUCCUCGCAACUGACGGGCGGCGUGGUGACCGGACCGGGCAGUGAUCGCCUGGGCGGCACAGCCGGCGGCGUGAGCAGCGUCGACAGCGGUCUGGGUGGCAACAAUGCGGGCGCAAUCGGUGGCGGUGCCGUUGGCGGCGGCGUCGGCAGCGGCAACGUUGGCGGCGGCGGCGGCGUUGGCGGCGUCGGUGGCGGCGGCGGCGGCGGAGGACGUGGUCUGUCGCGCAGCAACUCGACGCAGGCCAAUCAGGCUCAAUUGCUGCACAACGGCGGCGGCGGCUCGGGCGGCAAUGUCGGCAAUUCGGGCGGCGUCGGAGAUCGCCUCUCGGAUCGAGGAGGGGGUGGACUGGGCGGCAACGAUAGCGGCAGCUGUUCGGACUCGGGCACGUUCCUCAAGCCGGAUCCCGUUUCGGGGGCGUACACCGCGCAGGAGUACUACGAGUACGAUGAGAUACUCAAGCUGCGCCAGAACGCCCUCAAGAAGGAGGACGCCGACCUGCAACUGGAGAUGGAGAAGCUGGAGCGGGAGCGCAAUCUGCACAUCCGAGAGCUCAAGCGGAUACUCAACGAGGAUCAGUCCCGCUUCAACAACCAUCCCGUGCUGAACGAUCGCUAUCUUCUGCUGAUGCUGCUGGGCAAGGGCGGCUUCUCAGAGGUUCACAAGGCCUUCGACCUCAAGGAGCAACGCUAUGUCGCAUGUAAGGUGCACCAAUUAAACAAGGAUUGGAAGGAGGAUAAGAAAGCUAAUUAUAUCAAACACGCUUUGCGGGAAUACAACAUUCACAAGGCGCUGGAUCAUCCGCGGGUCGUCAAGCUCUACGAUGUCUUUGAGAUCGAUGCGAAUUCCUUUUGCACGGUGCUCGAAUACUGCGAUGGCCACGAUCUGGACUUCUAUCUGAAGCAACAUAAGACUAUACCCGAGCGUGAAGCGCGCUCGAUAAUAAUGCAGGUUGUAUCUGCACUCAAGUAUCUAAAUGAGAUUAAGCCUCCAGUUAUCCACUACGAUCUGAAGCCCGGCAACAUUCUGCUCACCGAGGGCAACGUCUGCGGCGAGAUCAAGAUCACCGACUUCGGACUGUCGAAGGUGAUGGACGACGAGAACUACAAUCCCGAUCACGGCAUGGAUCUGACCUCCCAGGGAGCGGGCACUUACUGGUAUCUGCCACCCGAGUGCUUUGUGGUGGGCAAGAAUCCGCCGAAGAUCUCCUCCAAAGUGGACGUGUGGAGUGUGGGCGUGAUCUUCUACCAGUGUCUGUACGGCAAGAAGCCAUUCGGUCACAAUCAGUCGCAGGCCACCAUCCUCGAGGAGAAUACGAUCCUGAAGGCCACCGAAGUGCAGUUCUCCAACAAGCCAACCGUUUCCAAUGAGGCCAAGAGUUUCAUUCGAGGCUGUUUGGCCUAUCGCAAGGAGGAUCGCAUGGAUGUGUUUGCGCUGGCCAGGCACGAGUACAUUCAGCCGCCGAUACCGAAGCACGGCCGUGGUUCGCUCAACCAGCAGCAGCAGGCGCAGCAGCAACAGCAGCAGCAGCAGCAACAGCAGCAGCAGCAGUCGUCAACGUCGCAGGCCAAUUCCACCGGCCAGACAUCGUUCUCUGCCCACAUGUUUGGCAAUAUGAAUCAGUCGAGUUCGUCCUAGCUGCCAACCAAGCGCAAUUCCAAUUCAUAAUUCGCCGCAGUAGCAGCAGCCACUCUGGCUGCCAGCCAGCAACAGCAGCAACAACUGCAACUUCAGCAAUACCAGCAGCAGCAGCAGCAUCAGCAACUCCAUUUACAAAACAGUAGCAGCAACUAUGCGGCUACGCUACUCGAUGCAGCGGCCUUUUGCUACGAGACCGUAAUGGAUGCAGCCCACUUCCACAACAACAACAACAACAACAACAAUAGCACCAUUAUCAACAACAAUAUGCAGACAAUGCCGGCAAACGCUGCUAGUGCUGCUGCAAAUGCUGCUGUAGCUGCAGGAGGAGGAGGAGGAGGGGGAGGAGGAUCUGGGGGAACACCAACCUAUCAGGGGAAAUACAAGCGCUGGCAGCAGCAACAGUUGCAACAGCAGGCGCAACUGCAACAGCAGCAACACAAGUUGCUGUUGCAACAAGAGCUGCUGUAGAACAAGCAUAUAUGGGUGAUUGAUGAUUGAUUGAUUGAUGGAUUGAUGAUGUUUCGUUGACAGUGGAUGAUAGAUGAUAGAUGAUGACAAAGGGAGUUUGAGAAGAAUAAGGGGAGAAUGAGCUGCCUGCAACACUGCCGCCAAGCCAAGCUAAGCUAAUGUUGCUGCUGCAACAGCAACAACACCAUCUACAACAACACCACCCCAAGAAUUUCCACAGCGAGUCGCAAACAAACAACAACAAAAACUUAAAUUAAAGAAACUAUAUAUAAAUAUAUAUAUGCAUAUAUAUAUUAAAUGUGAUAAACAAGCGUAAAGCAAAAAAAAAAAAAAAAAAAAAAAACAAAAAACAAAAAAAAAUGAAAAGAACAUGAGGAAAGCAAGCAAGCAGCAAAAACAGCAGGAGAAAGACGAACAACCGAGGGGAUAACCCCGGAGGAUAGGGAAAAAGCACAGCUGCAGUUAAAGAAACCGGAAGAGGAGAGCGAGGAAAAAUUUGAAAGCAGAAGAAAAGCAGAGACAGAGACGGUUUGUGGAAGCUGAGAGAAGAAUCGCCGAUAAGAGGAGAAAGCUUGAGAAAUUGUUUAUAAAGGCUGCUAUAAACACACACACUUUUUUUUUGUUAACUAUAAAUACCAAGCAGAAUAAUUAAUAUAAAAUAAUUAAUAAUUAAUUGCUAAAUGUAAAUUAGUAAGUAGGGUGGCAUCUAAAACAACAAAACAAAAACGCAAAAAAAAGAAUGAUUCCCAAGAACAACAACGCGUGUGAGAGAAGGCAGAUAAUAUUUUUUCUCUGUAUUAAUAAUAAAAAUGGUUAACGUAAAGACAUCAUAGCAAAUUAGCGUAGGCUAAAAAAGCACACAGUAUAGAGAACUGAAAUGAAAAAAAAAAUACAAAAAAGCAGGAACACAGCAAGGAUCAUAAAGUCGCAGAAAAAAGAACACCUUUGCAAUGGGAAAACACGAACUAAUGCGUUGGUUUUUUUUGUUCGAUUAUUUAAUUGGGUUUUGUUUGUUUGUAGUUCAAACAUUAAUACAUUAACACUCACUUAUUCUCAUGCACACACAGCACAACACAACAUAACACAGAUACACACACAAUACACUGCAGACUGCUUUUGCCUUACAAGAAA